AUGCUUGGACGAAUAAUAAAAGCUUUGCAACAAUCAAAAAAUUGUCUUCUCGAAUCACCAACAGGUACUGGAAAAACUUUAACUUUACUAUGUGCAUCAUUAGCUUGGCAACAAAAAGAAAUCGAACAACUUCGAUUGUCUUCAUUAAAUGAAAAUACAGAUAAUGCAACAGAAUCAACAACAAAACCAACAUCAGUUUCACCUAUAUAUUAUUGUACCCGUACACAUAAACAACUUGAACAAGUAGCUAAGCAACUUAGUAAUACAAUAUAUAAAGAUAAAAUUCGUAUGACAUUAUUAUCAUCACGUGAUAAUUAUUGUGUACAUCCGACUGUAUCUAGAGGACCGAAUAAAAAUAAUGAAUGUGUUAAAAUAACACGACCAAAUCAAAAUAAUUCAGCAGUACGAGGAUUUAAAAGUGAGUGUGGUUAUUAUGAACGUUUAAAAGGUAAAAUAGCGAAUGAUUUUAUUCGAUCACAUUCAAAACCAUUGCCACGUGUUUUUGACAUUGAACAAUUUACUGAAUAUUGUCGAAUAUCACAUGGUAUAUGUCCAUAUUAUACAAGUCGUUUGCUAAUACAUGAUGUACAAAUUAUUCUUUGUCCAUAUAAUUAUCUUAUUGAUCCACGUGUACGUAAUUCAAUGCAAUUGAUAGUAAAUGAUGCAAUUAUUAUUAUUGAUGAAGCACAUAAUAUUGAAGAUUGUGCUCGUGAAUCAAUGAAAUUUGAAAUGAGAAAAUAUGAUUUUCAACAAGCAUUAGAAGAAAUAUGUAUGAAUCAAAAUGCAUUGAAACUAGCACAAGUUAAAAUAGCUGACUUAAUUGUAAAUGAAUCAGGUUUUUCAUCAACACAAGAACCACUUUCUUCAACACAAUUAACAGUAACACAACAACAAGCAGCACGUCGUGCAUCGGGUUAUUCGGAAUUUGAUCAAUUAAAUGACGAAACUAAUUUACUUGACCAUUUAAAUAUUGAUCAACAUGGAAAUAAACAAGAUGAAUCAUCUGAUUCAGUUGAAAAAUUAAAAUCUGAUGAUCAUGAAGUUGCUAAUGCAUUAAAGUUUCUUGCUGAAAGAUUUUCUCGAAUUAUUUUAUGGUUUGAUACGAAAGAUAUACGUGAAAAAUAUACAUUUACACCUAAAGAACUUAUUGAACAAUUUCAUCAAGCAAAAUUUAUUGAUCAAUCAAUUAUUAAUAUUCAUAAACCGGCAGCAAAAAAUAAACCAGCAACUAAACGUCGAGUUAUACAAGAUGCUGCUCGUAUACGAAAAGCAUUAUCUAAAAUAUUUUUAAAUCGACCAGAAUAUAUUAAAUUUUCAGAUGAAACUGGAAAAUUUCUAGAAGAACUUGAUCUUUGUUUAUCGGUUUUAUAUGGUGAUGAUUAUCAAUUUAUUGAUGAUUAUAAAAUAACAUUAAAAACAAUUCCAUUUGAACCAAGUGCAAAUCUAAUUUCACAAAUGCAACAACGAUCUGAAAGUUCAACGGAAGUAGAUGAUAAUGGAUGGAUUGAUAUGAGUUCACAAUCAGCAAGUCAAUUUAAAGGGUAUCAACGUAAUUUAGCUCAAACAACUUAUCCUCUUCAUACACAACAAUUAAUAUUUUAUUGUUUAUCACCAAGUGUUGCAUUUUCUAAAGAUUUACAAUUAGCUCGAUCUUUAAUCUUUGCUUCCGGUACACUUGCACCAUUAGCAACUUAUUCUGGUGAAUUAAAAGUUCCAUUUGAUAUUCAAAUGGAAUGUAAUCAUGUUAUUGAUCUAGACCGUACAUUUAUAACAGCAUUAAGUCAUGGACGAAAUCCUAAUAUAAAAUUACGAGCAACAUAUCAAAAUACAGAUAAACUUGAAUUUCAAGAUGAAUGUGGUCUUGUUAUACUUGAUGUUUGUCAACGUGUUCCAUUUGGUGUACUUUGUUUUGUACCAUCAUAUAGAUUUCUUAAUGUAAUUAUUAAUCGUUGGAUGACAAGUGGACUUUGGCAAAAAUUAAAUGAAUAUAAAUCAGUAUUUUUUGAAGAAAAAAAUAGUGCUAAUUUUCAAAAUACAAUCACUCGAUUUCGUGAAGCAAAUGGAACAUUAAAAAUAGUUAAACCAAUAUCAACUACUACUAAACGAGUAAAGGAAAUGUUUAAACGAAAAAUUAAAUCCAAUGAAACAUCAACAACAAAUUCACCAUAUUUUAAUUCAAAAGGUGGUCUUUUAUUAGCUGUUUGUCGUGGACGUGCAUCUGAAGGCAUUGAUUUUUCGGAUAAUAAUGCACGUUGUGUUAUAACACUUGGAAUACCAUAUCCUAAUGUACAAGAUGAAGAAGUUUGUUUUAAACGUAAUUAUAAUAAUGAACAAAAUAGACGUAUUCCACAAAUUAUGAAUGGUAGUGAUUGGUAUGAUUCUCAAGGAUAUCGUGCUUUAAAUCAAGCACUUGGAAGAUGUAUUCGUCAUAAAAAUGAUUGGGGAGCAUUAAUUAUUGUUGAAGAACGAAUUGUUAAUAAUAUGAGUGAUAAACACUUUAAUAAUAAAAUUUCUUUAUGGAUCAAACAACGUCUUUCUAUUUCACGUCAAUAUGAUGAUACAAUGAAUGAUUUAGAAAAAUUUGUUGAGAAUAUGAAAAUAUCUGAUGAAAUAUCAAUGUAUCACAAACAACAACAGGAGCACAAUGAAGAAUCCGAAAAAAAAUUAUUUAAUGAUGAACAACAUCAAUUGAAUUCAAAUCUUCCAUCAUCAAAUGAAGUACCAAAUAAAACGGAAGGAACUAAACCUACUUAUCGACAAUUUAAAGUUGAUGAUUUAACUGAUGAUGAAGAUGUCAAUGAAAAUCAACCUAAACAAAUAAAAAAAGUAGCUUUUGAAAAAUUUAUUGCUAAACGUCAAUCAUCUAUGACAUCACCAUCAAUAUCAUUGGAAAAAGUUAAUUCAUCUCAAAUAGGACAAAUAACUAAGUUAACAGAUGAUCAUAAUGAAAAAAUGAACAAAAAUCAUGUUAAACAAAUCAAAAGUAAACCUUUUCAAAAAUUUCUUACACAACAUCCUAUGUCUACAUCUUCAAUACCAACAUUAUCUCAAAAAAUUAAUUCAUCUCGAACACAAACAAUGAUUGAUUUAACUGAAGAUGAUGAUAAUGAUGAUUUUAUUUCAUCCGCAUCUUCGUUUUUUCCUCCACCAAAUAAAAAACUUAAAUUGACAUGA